AUGCAGGGAGAAAUCAAUGGUCUUAAAACUUUGAUUAUGAAAGAUUCUCCUUCGGCAUAUUGCACACAUUGCUUUGCUCAUCAAUUACAAUUGACUCUUGUAGCUGUUGCAAAUAAGCAUCAUGAGGUAGAUCAAUUUUUUGAUAUUCUGGCUAAUAUUUUAAAUGUUAUUGGAGGUUCUUUUAAGCGUAGGGAGAUGCUUAGAGACGAUCAAGCAGAAAAAUUAAAGGAACUACUAGUGCUCGGUGAAGUUUAUGCAGGAAGUGCAUUGAAUCAAGAACUUGGACUUCAAAGCGCAGGGGAUACACGUUGGAGUUCUCAUUUUAAGACAAUGCGCAACUUUAUUAGUUUACUCUCCUCAAUUAUUCAUGUACUUGGAGUUCUUGCUAAGGAGAGUUCAAAUUAUCAAGAGAGAACACUAGCAAAAAGUUUAGUAGAUGACAUAAGAUCUUAUGAGUUUGUGUAUACAUUGCAUUCAAUGUUGAAAGUGUUGGCAAGUACACAUGAUUUGAAUAUGGCCUUGCAAAGAAAAUAUCAAGAUAUCGUAAGUGCGAUGAACCUUGUUGGUUUCACAAAGAGACAAUUGCAAUCUAUGAGAGAGUCUAAAUGGGAUUCUUUGGUAAAAGAAGUUUAUUCAUUUUGUGUCAAGCAUAUUAUUGUGAUCCCCGAAAUGGAUAAGAAUUAUGCUCUUGGAAAAUCAAAGCGUAAGAUCUCAAGGGUCAAAUAUUCUCAUCAUUUGUGUGUAGAAGUUUUUAAUACUGCUAUUGAUUUGCAACUUGCAGAGCUUAACAAUCAUUUUAAUGAAGUGAAUACUGAUCUGCUUCUUGGUAUGACUAGUUUGAGUCCAGAUAAUUCUUUUGCAAAUUAUAAUAAAAAGAGGAUUAUGAAACUUGCUACACAUUAUCGGGAUGAGUUUAGUGUUUCCCUGCUUGAGGAUCUUUUUUUUGAGCUUGACAACUAUAUUGAUUAUGUGCGAGAAGUGAACAAUGCUUUCUCUAAAUUGAAAAGACUUGGAGAUCUUUCAGAGACAUUGGUUAAAAAAAAUUUACACAAGGCUUGGAGACUUGUUUAUUUGCUUGUGAAGUUGAGCUUGAUAUUAACUGUCGCUACUGCAACGGUGGAAAGAGCUUUUUCUUCGAUGAAGUAUAUUAAAAAUGACUUGCGUAGCAGAAUUGGUGAUGAAUUUUUGAAUGAUUGUUUAGUUUGUUAUAUAGAGAAUGAGGUAUUUGAAAGUGUACCUAAUGAAGCAAUCAUUGAUCAUUUUCAGAAGAUGGCUGUUCGUCGAGUACAAUUGUAA